AACUGACACUCACCCGUUUUGAUUUUGUGGUUCGACGGUUGUUCCGCGGAUUUCCGGAUUUUUUCCACUUUUGAUCGCGCCCCCACGAAAAUGUCGGAAAACUCGCGAAUCUAUCCCAACUGGAACCCCAACGCUCUGCGGAGCAACUCCCUGUCGGACUGCCACUGGAAGCUGUGCCUCCAGUUCAUGGACCGCCACCAGAAUCUGCUGCCCCAGGAGCAGCUGCUCGCGCUGGCCCACAUCUUUGCCAACACACAGCUGUUGCUGCGCGGCGACGAGGACCAAACAAUGGAGCUGGUGCUGGACCUGGCCAAAGAUCAACUUCCGGUGGGCACUGCGGUUGAGGUGGAGAAUUUUGAGAAUCGCUGCUUGGAAAGGGAGGGCGAACCGGAGUUUCCGGAUGUGAGUCCGGUUGUUGAGAUGGAGGCGUUGGAGAUUUCCGCUUCGCGCGACGGUGAGGGGGAUGGUGAAGAGGAACCGGAAAUCGACUCAAGCCCGGACGUUGAAAUUAAUCAAACUUCGCCGCCAGCGGAGCCCAAAGAUGCGACUCCGGAACCCAAAGUAGAUCCGCAGGUUGUUAACAAGGUCAUUCGCGUCGUUCCUGCCGUCGACACGAUCACAAUAGAAUCCGUGUACAGCAAUUUGAUUCUGUUUGACCAAAAUUUUGAGAAAACGCAAGCUUUUUUCAACCGUCUCAAUUGUGGACGCCUCGAAGUGGUCUUAAAACAGAACAUUGACCUAUCGUACAGUGCAACAGUCAAAGUUGACCGGCACGUCUUGGCCAAGGCAUCCGGCAAAAAGAGCGGUAAAGCUCAAACAAGGGCCAUUAAGCUAUUUUUCACAAGCUUGCGCAAUCAUUGCUACAGAAUUGAAACACUUGCCCCCAAAUCGAUGUUCCAAUCGACCACGAACGUCGUCCCGCGGCUGACCGCCCAACAGCUGCAGCAAGCCAACUCGCCGGACCGGAUCAACGAAAGUAACGUUGGCUUCCGGAUGCUGCAGAAAAUCGGCUGGACGGGGGGGCCUCUUGGCGCGAAAGCCCAGGGCCGGCUGGACCCGAUCGAGAGUAGCACGCUUCGCAAAGGUCGCGCCGGAAUCGGUGCGCCCCUGGAGGACACCAUCGAACCGGCCCACUACCGGCAGGUGAUGACGGACUUUCGAGCUCGGAACGAAGGGCGCCCGCUAGUUUUUAGCCCGGAGUUUACCAAGCAGGAGUGUGUUGGGCUGCAAAGAAUUGCCUCCCAGCUCCGGCUGGACGGUCGCGUUGUCAGCCUGCCAAAGGGCGUCAAGCGGUUCGCGGUGAUGGCGCCGGAGCUGCCGCCGCAGGAAAUUGUCCGCCGAGUCAUGAUCGAGAAGGACGCCAGCUUGAGCGGCCAGUACAGAGUUUUGCCGCCUAGGCGCAAAGGAAGUUUUUUAAAAGUAAAGUCUGCUUCCGACGUGGUCCCGGAUUGUCCGGUAGCACCAGAAUUGGUCAAGCCAUCGAAAGACCGAAACGAUUCGGAAGAUUCGGAGAACGAUUCUCAAUCAUCGUCCGAUGAGGAAGAUUCACCUAACUCAGCAUCACCCAAUCGGCAGACAGACGACGCAAUCCUAGACAGUUUGACUCAGUUCAAACCAAUCCGGCCACUGCGGUCGCUCGAGGACGUGUAUCACAACUUGGUGCUCAUUGGCCACUCGAUUGUCGAAACUGGCAAAGUGUUUAAGAAGGUGGGCUCGGGUUUGUUGCAGUUUACAAACGAGCCUACCCAGGAUGGUGCCUUUUGCGCCAGGAUUGCUGUUGGUGAGUUUGUUCUGGUCGAAGUUUGCGAUCGGGGCCGGAAGCUGGCCAAAAGAGUUGUUGAGGCAGCAUUUUUCAAGAAAGCGGCCAUGUUUUGCUACCAGCUUACGCCGAAAAUUUCAAAGAAAAAUUUGAGCACUGCAAUUGCCAGAGAGGAAUAUAACAUCGAGUUUUACAGAGAUAUGAUCCUAAAUUUUUCUAAGGAUUGCGUUGAGCAAGAAUUGGUUUUUAGUGCCGAGUUCACCAAACCUGAACGAAAAAUGUUGCAGAGCUUUGCCCAAAGAAUUAAUUUGCGUGCGAAUCAAAUCGGAUCAAAGAACGCCCGCCAUUUGCGCGUUUACGGUCGGAGACUUCCCGCGCUGGCCAUUGUCGAACGCAUCGUUGUGCACAAAGAUCCCGCCCUGAGCGCACGGUACGAGGUGACUCCGCCGAGGAUCGGAGCACGAGUCGGUGGUGGAGACGGUUUGUGAUUUUGUUGUAAGGAGUUCAAAUAAAUGAUGCACCGUUUUUUUUUUAAA